AUGAACGGCCUCACCACCCAGGCUGGCUUUCGAAUUGGCCCAAUUGUGCUCGAGACGCUCGUCAAGCACUACUUUGAGCGGUUGAAGCUGAAUUUCAAGGUCUCCUCCGAUAACCCCACAGUCAAGACUGUGUUCCAGCUUCGCCAGGAAGAGUUGCUGUACGAUGAGGCGUUCUCGAUCGUGAAAGCCUUCUUGAAUGCGGCCUGCUACCAUACCGUUGAAGAAAUACAGUCCUUCUCCAACACUCGCACUCCGUCUCCACCCUGGGUCCAUGUUGUCAGAACGCUUGUCCCGCUCUCGUGCUGCGACGAGGCGGCGACUAUUCUCAUCAAGGCGCUUGGCGGAGAAGAGGCCGCCAGGAAAGUGGUCGGUGGAUGUAAAUGGUGGCAAGUCCGGAGUGGUCGGGGGAUCGACGGACAGUGGAUUACCGCGAAGAAGGACUGGCAAGAAGCUAAACGGCGUCACAAACAGCAGAAUGAACAACCACAGCCUGCGCCUGACGACGAGCAUUAUGAAAAACGGAUGGACGAUCUACGCUGCAUUCUCUAUGCACAUGGUGGGGGCUAUUAUUUCGGCUCCGUUGACCAAGAGCGGUACAGCAUCCAGAGGCAUGCUCGGAAAAUAAACGGUCGCGCUUUUGCUAUUAAUUACCGACUCGCUCCACAAUACCCCUUCCCGUGCGCUUUGCAGGAUCUUCUAGCGGCUUACUUAUAUCUAAUCCGGCCACCGCCUGAUGCCGCUCAUCGUCCCGUGAACCCGGCUCACAUUAUCGUUGCCGGAGACUCCGCUGGAGGUGGCUUAACGCUGGCCUUACUCCAAGUUCUUCGAGACAGCGGUCUGCCGUUACCCGCAGGAGGCGUUCUCGUAUCACCUUGGUGCGACCUCAGUCAUUCUUUCCCCAGCAUCCACACCAAUACUGCCACCGAUGUCAUCCCCGAAUAUGGUCUCAGCUUCCAAAAACCGAGUUCCUUGUGGCCUCCUCCCUCUGAAGAUAUGAGCCGGCGGGUGCAUGCUUCCCUGCGGACCUGGAUUCGCAAGACUUUUGCCAGCAGUGAUUCGCGGCCAAUCACACCGCCGCCUCCACCGACAGCAUCGGUCAUUUCUCUUACGGUCCCAGAGGCACCCGUUCACGCAGAUGAACCGCUUGAUAUGGGCGCUACUGCCCCUAUUCCUCUGGACAGCGAGCGGCUGACUCUCACCACCGCUACGGGAGAAGUACUUACCGUCGACCAGCAAGUGCAUUUAUAUACGAAGAACUCGCUUCUUCCCCAUCCGCUCGUUUCUGGUGCUCUAAGCUACCUGGGCGGACUACCUCCACUCCUUAUCAUCGCAAGCGACAAGGAGGUCCUGCGAGACGAGAUUAUUUACACAGCCCAUAAAGCGGCUAAUCCUGACAAAUUUCCUAUCCGAGAGGAAACUCGCGGUCUCUACCCCCCGCUGCAAGGGAUCGAACAAAGGUUUGGACCCACCAAAGUCCAUCUACAGGUCUAUGAUGACACGGCCCAUGUCCUACCUGUCCUUUUUGCUUUUACGACCCCGGGCAAAUUCUGCUUCAGGGCGAUUGCGACGUUUUGUCGGGAGGUGACAGGACUACCUCAUCGUCAGAGCACAGGGGCUUCGACACCCAGGGCGGAGCAUUUCGAUCUCAGUGGACUACCACCACUUCCCCCAUCGCCUCUUCCGCCGGGCAUUAAUGGUCUACCAUCCGACAGCCCUCCCCCGGAGAAGCCUCCGACCGUCCGGCGCUCAAAAUCGCUCUUGACAUCCAAAAGGCUGUCCGUCUUCCGAUCUGCUACUCUUCCACCUCUUCCGACGAGUGUCUCUCAAUCGUCGACCUCGUCGUCAGAGCUGAAGCCUCCCACGCCCCAACGUCAGGGCAGCGUCUCGUAUUUUUCACGAUUUGCGCCAUCACGUGCCAACAGCACGACCAGCAAUGGCGAUGUCUAUGCCUCGCCCUCUCAAAUCAGCGAUAUCGAUCAGACAGCUGGCGAGCCUAACGUGUAUGUGAACAAGGACUGGAAGGAGGGUCUCAUGGUACGCGAGAGAAUAUCCACCCGAGGCGUGAUUCGCCCUCUGGAGCCUGAAUCCGAACUCGCCGCGUUUACUGUGUCGCCCGAAAACAUUGGUGUGAUUUCCGAGCUGGCGAUACGGAGGUAUAUCGACGGCACACAGAAAUGGGAUCGCAAGUUUUCUGGGGCACGGAAGACGGUGGAGAAGCACCGACAUCGUAAUCUCGAGCGGGCUAGGAAGGACACGGUGAAGAAUAUGGGCCUGCUGCACAGCUUCAUUGGACGGGAGGCGGAGAGUGAGGGCGGGAACAGUGUCAGAGACGGCUUGCUUGCGAUGUCGGGAAGUUGGAGCUGGGCGUGGGCAUUGGAUGCAUACGAGAAUCCACCACCGAGCAGUAUUGUCUCGCGCCGCGACACUCAAGAGGCGCUCAGACUGGCUCGGAUUGCGGACCAGCCCAUGUUUCAGACGGAGGAGCACUCAAUGUCAGGGAAUAACCUGUGGUCAGUUAUGGUCAACUUCCUCACUGUCAUGCCCGACAAGGACAAGCGCGAGAAGAAGCAUGGGGACAGCCCGGAGAAGCCACCGAUACCCAAGAGGAAGUCUACCUUCCGCAAUAUCUUCCCGCCAAAGGAGAAGGAAGAAUUGCAGGCGGCAUGA